AGCAACGCGAGCCGGCUGCAGGUGAGAGCGCAUGGCGCAGGUGUGUUCACAGUGGCUGUGCACCCCAUCAGGCGCCUAGCGAGGGAUAAGCGUUUCUUCUUCUUACAUAGUGUAAGCGAGAGAAGGAGGUGGCGAGAGAGACAGAGAGAGAGAGAGAGAGUGCGGAGCGCAGCCCGAGGGAGCGUGAUACCAGAAGGAUUCUGGGAAAGGGCGAAACGAAGUGGGUGGUGGGAGCGACCCCGCCGCGCCGUUAAUACUCGCGCCCACGCAUACAGACGCAGCGCAGCCGAAACAGCGGAGGAGUGCUCUCGGGGCGAGGGACCUUGCGCGAGCCACCCCGAGGAGUUACUCGAACCUUGGUGGCGCAUCAGGUACCAGCGGGCAAGCGAGCGAGCGAGGGAGCAAGGGUGAUUCUCGCGAGGGUGACAGUAUACUGCCGGGUUUGCGUUCGCGAGGAAGAACCGAGGAUUCUUCGGGGAGAAGAGAGUCAGCCUCCCAAGAACAAGAAGUGAGGGAGGAAGAGAUCCCAAACUCGAAAUCCGCCGUCGCCGUCGUCGCAGCAGCGGAAGAAGAGAAAGAAAAGGGAGCAUCUGUCUGCAACCCCUCCCCCCCCCCUAAAAAGCGCGAAACCAGGAUGGUACGGAGAUUCUGCAACGGUGCGGUUGCACUUGGCAUCGCCCUGACGGCCUGCGCCGCUUUUCCGCGCGCCGUCAUGGCGAUCGACCUCAGCCGCUUCUACGGGCACUUCAACACGAAACGCUCGGAGGCUUGCCAUCCGUACGAACCGUUCAAAUGCCCGGGCGACGGUAUUUGCAUCUCGAUACAGUAUCUCUGCGACGGGGCACCCGAUUGUCAGGACGGAUACGACGAGGACUCAAGAUUGUGCACCGCAGCCAAACGACCGCCCGUGGAAGAAACCGCGAGUUUUUUGCAAUCUCUGCUGGCCAGCCACGGACCCAAUUAUCUGGAGAAGCUGUUCGGAACCAAAGCACGCGACACGCUGAAACCGCUCGGUGGUGUGGAAAAAGUAGCCAUUGCGCUAUCCGAAUCGCAGACGAUCGAGGACUUCGGCGCGGCGUUGCACCUGAUGCGCUCGGACCUCGAGCACCUGCGCUCGGUCUUCAUGGCGGUGGAGAACGGCGACCUGGGCAUGCUGAAGUCCAUCGGUAUCAAGGACUCCGAGCUGGGCGACGUCAAGUUCUUCCUCGAGAAACUCGUUAAGACGGGCUUCCUCGACUGAACGAUCACGCCCGCCGUCGAACCGCCGUCGUCGUCGUCGUCGUCGCCAUCGUCGUCGUCGUC